UCUAUAGUUUCAGCUUAUUCGCUGUGGUGUUGAUUAUCGUCUCCGUACAGACCAGAAUUAUUUUGAAUUUAGAUAUAAAAUAUCCUAUCCUGUUUGUGAAAUUAUUGAUCCAGUCUGGUGGGUAUAAAGCUAGCAACAUGAAUUGGCUGCAAAAGAACCUGACUGUUGAGCCAGUCUUAUUUUUCUACAUGCUUGGAUCCUUCCUGCAGUACCUUGCCUUGCAACAGCUCCUCCUGGAGAAGGUGUGCUUUCAAGAAGUCAAUGACACUGUCAUUUGUGCCAACUUAUCAGCAUACAAAGAUGAAGAGGAAACUGUUCAAAAAAGGACUUCAUACUGGCUGAUAGUGCUGAACUUGGCUCUGACUGUGCCAUCAGUGAUAUCUACUCUAGUACUUGGGGCCUGGACGGACAGAGUUGGAAGAAGAGUAGCCAUGGUGUUGCCUUCUUUAGGAGCAGUUAUAAAUGGUGUAUGCUUGAUUUUCAGUGCCAUCUAUCUGGAGCUUUCAGUAGGAAUCAUGAUCUUAGGGUCAGUGAUAAUGGGUGUACUUGGAGCAUAUGGAACAAUACUAGCAGCAGUGUUUAGUUACCUAGGCGAUAUCACCAAAGAAAGGACACGCACAAGAAGGUUUGGAUUUCUUGAGGCGAUGACAUUUACAGGAAGCUUUGUGGGGUUGCUGACAUGUGGUAUAGUCAUUGACAACCUUGGCUAUGUGGCAGUGUUCAUCUACUACAUCUGUUGUAAUACUGUUGUUGUCCUCUAUGCCUUGUUAUGGUUAAGAGAAUCUAGCAGUUAUGCUGCAAGUCAAGGUUCAUAUACCACCAAACCAACCAAUGAUGCACUCCAGUCAGGGGAAACAGACCCUGGUGGAACUAAUGAAGUUUUUCCCAAGCUCGAUGAGGAAAGGGGAUGGUCCUGCAAAAUAUCAUGUCGACAAUUAUGUCAGUUACAAAGUUUAGGGAAAUCAUUUAUAACUGUGGGUAGAGAGAGACCCAAUAAACAAAGAGUACAACUCAUUCUACUACUGAUCUGCCUCUUUACUUUCCAGCUUGUUGGUACAGGUGAAAAUGAUACUACAGUCCUGUACCUUAAGAAAGCUCCGCUAUCAUUUACAUCUUCCCAAAUCUCAUACUACUCUGGUUCUAAGAGUGGUCUUCAGAGCUUGAUGUUGUUUACAUUGAUGCCUCUUCUUCAUCUAUGUGGUGUCCAUGAUUGCUUUAUAGCAUUAGGUGGUCUAUGCUUCAGAAUGAGUGGUUAUGUAGUCUUUGGUUUAGCAAGGACACUAUGGCAAGUAUUCACAGUUCCAUUUCUGUUAUCGCCAGCUGGUUUACCUGCUGCUACUACUCGUGCUAUGAUGUCAAAGAUAGUAGUCUCAUCUGAACAAGGAAGCUUGUUUGCCCUGACUGCAUCCCUUGAAAUGAUCACAGGUCUGCUAGCAUCACUUAUAUUUAAUGCUCUAUACCCGGCUACUAUAGACAUUAUUGGAGGUGGAUUGGUCUUUAUUCUCAUGGCAGCUAUUCUUAUACUUCCAGCGUUGCUUCUUUUAGUGAUAUGGCGCAUUCAAAAGCUGACUAUAACGUAUGUUGAAUACAAUGAAGGUAACGCUACCAACAUCUAUGGAGAUACAUAAUGCAACCCUUAUUAUCAAACUCAUAAUACAGAAUAAUUUCUUGUGGAUGACCCAGUAGACAUCCAACCAGGACAGCUUAGACUCAGUGAAACAUACUGUUAACAGUCAGAGAGAAGUGCUUGUUGAUAUCACCAAAGACCUCUAAUUGGAGGGUCUACCCAGUACUGGUAGCCAUUGGAUGAAGAUUCUCUGAGUGAGAAGAAUUACAUGAAAAAUGAACGUUCUGAAGUUUGGACCGGCAGAGAUCGCCAGGGUGUUUACUGAUCUCCAUUUUAAUAUUCUGUUUUGAGGAAGGGAUGUGGGCAGUAGAUUCUAUCCCUCCAUUUGACAUAGGAAUCACACUGCCAGGGAAUACAUUUAUGUUGCAUUCAAUUUUCUUGUUCUCUUUGUUUUAAAGAUGAAUACCAAAGAAUAAUGGAAUUUUACUGAUGUACAACUUUUAGAAAGGGUUUCUUUCACAUGUGUUUUCUAUCAUAAAUGUUUUAAACUACACUUAGUAUACAUUGUUUGUCAUAUGGUUAAACAUUUAUGAAGGAGAAAGGAAGAGUUGGCUAUGUCAGUUU